CAGAGCUGGGUCCUGAGGAUCAGUGGAAGAAGUGGAGGGUAGUAGUCGAGAAGUGGCAGCGGUGACCGGCAGUAGGCAGCCCGGAGCAUGCUGUUAUCAGGCGCUUAUUGCCAUUUUUGGAUUGCUGGAUGUGACCAGUGGUAACCUGUAUCUGUGGCAUGUAACUGUAAGCUAAACGUGUAACACUGCAGAAUGGCAGCGCAGAAGAUUCGGUCCGCCAAUGCUAAUGGCCUUCCACGCUGCAAGUCAGAGGGCACCCUGAUUGAUUUUAGUAGUGGAAUUCCUGAUCCUAAUUUAAAUGAAGUCAAAGUAUUGUCGCCGAGCUCCCUGCUCAUUGAUGGCCCUGCAUCCCUAGAGCAUGUGAAAGAAGUGGUGGCUAUCAAAGACUAUUGUCCCAACAAUUUCACCACUCUGAAGUUUUCCAAGGGAGAGCACCUAUAUGUAUUGGAUGCCUCGGGGGGUGAUUGGUGGUAUGCACACAAUACCACAGAGAUGGGAUAUAUCCCUUCUUCUUAUGUGCAGCCCCUUAACUACCGUGACUCCUCCCUCAGUGACAGUGGAAUGAUUGAUGGAUUGCUGGAGAGUGUAGAUGAGGGUGUGAAGGAGCUGGAUCUGCUUGGAGACUGGAAUGAUAUUCACAACCAAAACUCUAACAAAACUUAUCACAACAAUCCCUUUCUGCGACCAUCUAUUUCUAACCCCUUUCUGAAUGGACCAUUGAAUGCCCCCAAAAAUGAAGCUUCUGAUACCAGAAGUUCAGUAGAUUUACUACUUUUUGAUCCACUUGUUACUUUAAACACCACAUCUUCGGAAGCUAACACUGAUAUAUUUAUAGAUUUACAACCUCAAGCCGCACACACAGAAGUAAUGAAAGAAUAUGCUCCUGUGAGGAGGGAUAACCCAUUCUUCCGGAGCAAGCGUUCUUACAGCCUCUCCGAGCUGUCUGUCCUCCAGGCCAAAUCUGAUAGUCCGGCCACGGGCAGUUUCUUUGCUGGCCUGAAAUCUCCAGCGCCUGAGCAGUUCCAGAGCAGGGAGGACUUCCGUACUGCGUGGCUCAACCAUCGCAAACUAGCCCGGUCCUGCCAUGAUCUGGACAUGCUGGGUCAGAAUCCUGGUUGGGGUCAGACACAGCCUGUGGAGACCAGCAUUGUCUGCAGGCUGGACAGCUCGGGGGGUGCCGUGCAGCUGCCGGACACAAACAUUAGUAUCCUAGUACCCGAGAGUCAUGUGGCUCCUGCGGAAACCCAACAGAUCUCCCUUAAAGCAUUGCUUGAUCCACCUCUUGAGCUAAGUAAUGACAAAUGUACCACAGUCAGCCCUGUGUUGGAAAUUAAGCUUAGUAACCUGGAAGUGCAGAGCCCCCUCACAUUGGAAAUGAAGGUAUCAGUCGAUUUGCCAAAUACCGUGACACAGAAUGUGGUAAAAAUAAACUGCCUGAGGAGUGAUGUUAAGGAAGGGCCCUACACUCUAGUGCCACAGUCAUACAUAUAUGGGGACACAGUCCAAGUGAAGUUAGAAAACCUGGAACCGGUUAUGUACAUGGUUAUGGUAGCUCAAGGACAGCACAUUGUUUCUCCAUCCACUGUGUGGGACUAUAUUAACAAAAAGGUCACUGUGGGACUUUAUGGCCCCAAACACAUACAUCCUUCAUUUAAAGCUGUAGUGGCAAUAUUUGGUCAUGACUGUGCCCCAAAAACGCUCCUAGUCAGUGAGGUAGGUCAGCAAGUAUGUUCUUCUGCUCCAGUGACCCUGCAGCUAUGGGGGAAGCAGCAGUUUGUUCUCCCCAGACCUCAGGAUUUGAAAAUUUGCCUUUUCUCCAACAUGACAAACUACAGAGUCGAUACUGACGACCAAGGGAAAAUGGUACGUGGGUUCCAACUUAAAUUGGGCAAGGUGAGCCGGCUUAUUUUCCCCAUCAAUUGCCAAGAUCCAGCACAGUUAUCAGACUUUACUGUCAGAGUGCAAGUUAGAGACGAGUUGGGGAACAUCUUGUCUCAGUUCUGUGUGCAAACUCCUCAACCACCUCCAAAAACUGGGCAAAAAUCCACAGGGCCUAGAAGGUUCCUUAAGAAAAAAGAGGUUGGCAAGAUUGUACUCUCUCCACUUGCAGUCACUUGCAAGUAUCCAACCUUCCAGACACGCCCAAUAACCAACAUGAAAUAUGGAAAACUCUUGAAAACUGUGGUGAGGCAAAGCAAAAAUCCGUACCUGCUGGAGUAUAAGAAAGGGGAUGUGGUGGGUCUCCUAAGUGAGGAGAAGAUCAGGCUAAAGGGGCAACUGUGGACCAAGGAGUGGUACAUUGGAUAUUACCAGGGUAAGGUGGGCCUGAUACAUGUAAAGAAUGUUCUUGUCGUUGGUAAGGUAAAGCCAAGUUACUUCUCUGGAAAUGAACUGACAACAAGCUCUCUGCUGGAGCAGAUUCUACGCCCCUGCAAGUUCUUAACCUACAUUUAUGCCUCUGUGAGAACCCUCCUUAUGGAAAACAUUGGCAGCUGGCGUGCCUUUGCAGAUGCUCUGGGUUACGGAAUCCGUCCAUUAUCUUAUUUUUGCCGGGUGGAGCUAGAGAGCGAGCCAGAAAGGGUGGCAUCUGUACUGGAAAAACUGAAAGAGGAGUGUAAUAAUAAUGAAAGCAAAGAUCGGAAGUCAUUCCAGAAAGAAUUAAUUGGGGCCUUGCUGAAAAUAGACUGCCAAGGUCUAGUGGUACGUCUCAUUCAGGAUUUUGUUCUACUUACUACGGCGGUGGAAGUUGCUCAAAGGUGGAGGGAACUAGCUGAGAAGCUUGCAAAGGUGUCCAAACAACAAAUGGAUGGCUAUGAAGCCCCACAUAGAGACCGAAAUGGGGUGCUGGAUAGUGAGGCCAUGUGGAAGCCAGCGUAUGACUUUCUCUUGACUUGGAGCGCCCAAAUAGGGGACAGUUACCGGGAUGUGAUUCAAGAGCUGCAUAAUGGGCUGGACAAAAUGCGCAAUCCGAUCACUAAGCGAUGGAAACAUCUCACUGGAACUCUAAUCCUUGUGAAUUCCUUGGAAAUUCUUCGAGCCAUGGCAUUUAGCACACACGAAGAGGAGGAUUGCAUCAUUUGAUGGCAGAGCCUAAGAAAGACUGGACAUUCUGCGUUCGCCUGAUGUAAAACCCUUUUUAAAGAGCUUUCCAAUGCUUCAAAGAAUGGGAGACUUUUGCAUCUACGCUACAAUUCAAACGUUUAAGUUUAGUUUCUUCACUGCCAAAGGGUCCAAGAUAAGACUGACCUAGUUCUAUUUGGAACGUCAUUCCUGGAAUCCACUGCACUGGAUGGCAGUAAUCUGCAUAUAUGUAUAGUGUAAAUAAAUGUGGUCAUAGGCCAAAGGCAGGGAGCUGGAUGCAUAAUGUUACCAGUCCUUUCAACAGACUUGUUUUUUUUUUUUUUUUUCCUUUUUCCUUUUGGCCUUGAGUUCCUGAC